UAUGAACUCUCAUGGAAACAUUAUAGUUAGUACAUCUACUAUCCAUAUACUCAAUGAAAAUAGAAAAAUCUCAUCUUCUAUUACUCAUGGGACAAAUAAUAGAUAAAAAUGUAAUAAAAAUAUAACUAAAAUAAACGGGGCGGGUACGGGGCGGGUAAUGGGGCGGGCAUGUAUAAAACCGUAACCGCCCCGUUACCUGUAAAAACAAAACGGGUAUUCCCCGCCCCAUACCCGUUUUGACCGGGACGGUUCGGUGCGGUAUCCAUUGGAUCAGUCACAAUUGUCAUCUCUAGUCCUGUCCCUAAAAUAAACCAUGCCAAACGGCCCAUUGAAAAAUCAAAACAAAUUGGGCCGAAAAUGGACCGUGCCAGAGCAAAUGGCGAGUGGCAUUACCUGUCUUGUCCGAACUCCUCCGUCACAGAGAGUAAAGUUUAGCUUCAGCCAGAGAAGAAUCGUUCCAUCUCUAUCUAAACUGCCAUGGAGGUUGUCAUCCCCUCCGUCCGCUACUGGCUGGUGGAUCACCCAGCAAUAAGCCAAUUCGAGUGGAAACAAGGACAUACAUUAGGCUCCUCUCCCCUUUUCCUUGCCCUCACAGUCAUCACCUAUCUCGGAAUAACUCUCUCUCUCCACCGCUCUGGCUUUCUCCCACCCCUCUCCUCCGUCUCCCUCCGCGUCAUCACCGCCGCGCACAACCUCAUCCUAUGCCUCCUCUCACUCGUCAUGGCCGCCGGAUGCUCCCUCGCCGCCUUCCACCAGAUGCCCAAUCGCGAUUGGAGAUGGGCGAUCUGCUUCCCGGCCAAUCACACGCCUCCGCGUGGACCGACGUUCUUCUGGGCCCAAGUUUUCUACCUCUCGAAGAUUCUCGAAUUCAUUGACACCCUGUUGAUCAUCCUCAGCGGGUCCCGCUCCCGACGGCUCUCCUUCCUCCACGUCUACCACCACGCCGUGGUGGUGGUGAUGUGCUACCUCUGGCUGUCGACGGCGCAGACGCUGUUCCCCGUCGCACUGGUCACCAACGCCUCCGUUCACGUGCUAAUGUACGCCUACUACUUGCUCUGCGCGCUGGGUUACCGCCCGUGGUGGAAACGGGUGGUAACGAAUUGCCAGAUUAUCCAGUUUGUGUUUAGCUUUGCGAUAUCGGGGGUGAUGUUGUAUUUUCACUUUACUGGGUCGGGUUGCUCCGGAAUAUCGGGUUGGUGCUUCAAUGCUGUUUUCAAUGCUUCCCUUUUGGCUUUAUUCCUUGAUUUCCACUCCAAGAAUUAUCGAGACAAGAGGAAGAAAGACGAUGCCAAGAAGAAACAGUCAUGAUUUGUGUUGAUAUUUUGUUGUAUUUCUCCAACUUCAAGAUGAUAUUUGGGCUCAUUUUGUAAUGGUUAUUUUAAUUUGACAUGACCUUAAAUUUUAGGAAAAAUUGAAAAUAAUAAUCUCAACUAUUGUCG